ACAGGUGGUGCGGUUUGUCCCGUAACCAAGAGGUUCACUAUCAAUCAUGGAGAUAUCCUCAAAGGGCCUGUUCACCCAAGUUACUCAACUGUGGAACCUCCUAGAUGAUCUUGCUGAAAGUGACCCUGAGGGCUAUAAGAAGUUCAUUCAACAGCAAUUGAAAGAGGGGAAACAGUUCUGUGCUGCCCCAGAACCACAUCUCUGUCUACAGACCAAGAUCCUAAAACCAAAAGAAAAAAUACUUUUUAUCAACCUGUGUCAGUGGAAAAGGAUCCCAGUUCCGAAAUCAGCCACUCAUCCAGUACCUCUAAGUGUUGGCAAACCUGAAGAUAUGACUGAGUCAUCAGAUGCUUACACAGUCAUCGAUGUUGCCUAUAAUCCUAAUGUUCUUCAGGCAGCAGAAAAGAACCAAGUGAAAAAAGAUCAGUUAAUACAGAUGACCAUGAAAUGCAUUGAGAAGCAACUACAGCUCACUCUCUCACACUCUUACCAUAUUACCAAAUUUAAAAUAAAAGGGAGCAUUGAAAGAAUGGAACAAAAUCUAAUGGGAAUCCAAACUGAUCCCACAGAUUUAAGAGAGAAAAUGAGAAACAAACUAACUCUUGAACAAAGCAGUACUGUGAACAAUCCAGAUCACAUUCCUCAACUAUUACUACCAGAAAAGCAAGUUUCAGGCAAAGCAGAGUGUCUGAUAGAAGAGAUUUCCAGCACUGAAAUUCAAGUGGAGAUGCAGAUACCAGCCUAUGAAUUAAAAAUUGUGCAGAAUCAAAAUGAGAAACCUCUGAGAAUUGAGCUGAAAGUUGAAUUACCUGGUAUUAAUUCAGUCUCUCUCUGUGACCUUAAUGUUUCUGAGGAUGAUUUAUUGAUUGAAGUCUCUGAGAAGUACAGAUUACAUCUGAAUCUUCCAGAACCUGUUGAUACUAAAAUGACUACAGCAAAAUUUAUCAAAGAGAAAUCUACAUUAAUCAUCACAAUGCCAUUGGUGUAAAACAAGAUUGUCAAUGUGUUUUCAGUUUUUAGUACUGAAAUAAUGUGAAUUACAGGACCUUCAUCAUCAGUAGAGGUAGUCAUUUAUAUUAAACACUGAUUCCUGUUUUCUAAGAGUUCAUUUUGAUGGAAUGAGUUUUUUCUCUUAAGCUAUUAUAUCUAUUUUUUAAACUCAUUUUCAAAUAAACUUGAC